GAUUAUCAGUAGGGUUCCAUAGCUUUCCUCCAAAGUUUUCCAAGUACACGUUAACUCUGUGGUGACAGAAAGCGAAAAUAGCUGUGAACUCGAUCGUUGGAGCUACUCUCUUAUCUUCCUCUUGUUCGAAGACGACGUCAAAGUUCAAGCUGAUACGAUGCUAUUUCCCAAGGAAACAGAUUCCAAACGCAUCGUUCGCGUCGCCACGUACCAACCUAAGUUUAGCACUGGGAGUCGUCGCCAUCGCAUUCGGCUCUAUAAUGUUGUUUUUCUUGCCCUUUAUGUCUACCAAAUUAUGUGGGUGACGUCCACGAUUGGUGAACCCUACAGAAAGUUUCUCGAAAAGGCCGAUCGCGAAGGCUUUGAGGUUAUGGAAGGAUCAACGAAGCUGCGCGCCGAGUUAGAACACGCAUUUGCGGACAUUAAUGACCCAAAUCGCCGAACCAAGAAAAUAGGCAUGUUUGACUGGAUGGACAUGGACAUCGAAGAGCUUGCCGCCGAAAAGAAAAAGGACAAGGAAAAAUCAGUCCUGGAUUCUCUACCCAAAAACAUGAGAGUUCCGUCGAGAUAUGCCACUGAGUUUACCCCGACUUUGAUCCUUGGAAUCAUUGCUAUCUUGCAUGCCUUGGUGUUGCUUAUGCAGUAUUGGUCCGUGGCAUUUUUGGUAUGGAUCAAUUACAGAGAAAUAGAUGCGGAUGCCUCUGAAUUGCCAGAAGAGAUGAUGGAGCUGGAUCUCGAAGAAGACGAGAUAAAACUUGCUGCUUGGAAGAAGAAAGCAAAGAAGUCUGAGGUCAUGAUGGAUCGAGCCAUUACCAAUAUACCAUCCAACCUGCCCACUCAUGCCAGAAUCGUUCCGGCGAAGGGCCGGCAUGUUUUGGUUCCGUUGGAAUACCAUCCCACACUCGGUAUGACAUUUGAAUACCAUCGGCGGCGUUAUGUCUAUGAUCCCGAUACUUCAGAAUGGUCGAAAAUCCGGUGCGGUACAACCUUUGGAAAAGAGUUCUUGGAGACAUGGACAGGAUUUGAUUCGGAAAUGCAUCUUGUGUCGGGUCAGAUCCGGUAUGGUCCCAACGCCUUUAGUGUGAAACAACCCACGUUUAUCGACCUUUACAAGGCGCAGCUGCUGUCGCCCUUUACAGUCUUCCAGGUAAGUGUUAUCGAAUUGAUAUCCUGCGAUUAUUUAAUGAUAAAAUAUCAACGUCAUUGGUUCUCACUAUUUGCUUUUGCUGUCAUGUUCUUAGAUCUUCUGCGUCAUUUUAUGGAUGUUGGAUGAAUACUGGCAGUACAGGUAGGUUUGACUAGAGACGAGACGUGGCAUAAAUUCAAAACCCAACAUCAAACGCCUCACUUACCUUGCCUUUCCUCCCACUGCUAGUUUCUUCACUCUUUUUAUGGUACUGACGUUUGAAGCCACUGUCGUAUUUUCUCGCAUUAAGAGUUUGUCUGCGCUUCGUGGAAUGGGCAACCAGCCCCGUCCCGUUUUAGUGUACCGCUUGAACAAUUGGGUUAGCGUCGAAACGACAGAACUUUUACCUGGCGAUAUCAUGAGUCUAACUCGAGUCAAACCCCACUUUGCUACAGCAAACGACGGCAAAAAGAAAAAAAUUGUAUCGAAGAAGGUGGAAGAUGAGGGAGGAGAUUUGAUUCCUGCUGAUUUAUUGCUGCUCCGAGGGUCUACAGUCGUUAAUGAAGCCAGUCUCACUGGAGAGUCUGUACCACAGAUGAAAGAAGGGCUCUCCGAAAUGGAAGAUGGCGAACAUUUGAAUAUGAAAGGAAGAAAUAAAAUGAAUGUGGCCUAUGCCGGAACAAAGAUGUUGCAAUGUAAGGGGGCUGCUGAAAUCGAUUCCCAGGUUGGGGAGACGAAGUCUUUUACACCAAGCAUUCCAAACCCACCCGACAAUGGCUGUGUGUGUUUUGUUCUUCGAACAGGAUUUUCUUCACAGCAAGGAAAACUUGUUCGAAUGAUCGAAGGGUCACAAGAAAAGGUGAAGGGGCACGAAAAGGAAACCGGUUUACUGCUACUGUUGCUCUUUUUCUUUGCAAUCACAAGUUCUGGUUACGUACUGUACCAUGGUCUUCAAAGCGACAAACGAAGUAAAUUCGAAUUAUUGCUGCACUGUAUCAUGAUUGUCACUAGUGUCAUUCCUCCUGAGCUCCCAAUGCAAAUGGCACUUGCUGUCAACAAUAGCUUGAUGACGUUGAUGAAACUUCAUAUCUUUUGCACGGAACCUUACCGAGUUCCUAUUGCCGGAAAGUUAGACGCAUGUCUUUUCGAUAAGACAGGAACACUAACAACUGAUGAAUUAGUUGCUGUUGGUGUCUGUCAGCCGUUGAAAUUACGUGUGCCAACAGGAAAAGAAGACGAAGACUYGAAAUUUUUGACUCCUAUGAUUCAGAUCCAUGACGAAGCCGCAUUAGUGUUGGCCGGGUGCCACUCACUUGUUCAUAUUGAAGGUGAAACCACUGGAGAUCCUUUGGAAAGUGCUCCCUUGAAGUCAAUGAGAUGGGAACUUUCGAAAGAAAACGGAAAUGCGGUGCCCUCUGCUGCAACUGAGAAGAGGCCCGAAGGUAUGCCGAUUAACGUUUUUUCCGAAAAGAAUAUCACUGAAAUCGAAGUCUUGACGAGACAUCACUUUAGUUCGAAGUUGCAAAGAAUGAGCUGUGUCAUCAAAUCAUUAACAAGUGGAAAACACUACUCCGUCUUGAAGGGAUCCCCAGAGGCUGUCGGUCGAUUACUCGCUGUCAAACCCCAGGGGUAUGACGAGAAAGCGGCUUAUCUAUCAAAAGAAGGGUACAGAAUGAUUGCCUUGGCACUAAAGCCACUCGGAUCGAACGACGAAAUUGCCGCAGCGCAGGAUUCUCGUGCAAGUUGUGAGAAGGAUAUGCGGUUUGCUGGAUUCAUAGCAUUUACAUGCAGGGUCCGAAAGGAUACCGCAGCGGUAUUGUUAAGGCUAAAAGAAGGUGGGAUGAGUAUCGCUAUGGUUACGGGUGACGCAUUACUUACUGCAAUUCAUGUAGCUAAGGAAGUUAGUAUCAUCGAGCCAUUGGGACACAAGUCUGAGUCGGACUAUCUUUUGACGGAACAAAAUGAAGAGAUCAGGAAAUUAAUCCAGAAGAAAAGAGGGGUUGUGAAAGAGGUUAGUAAGAAGAAAAAAGAAUUUCACCCUAUCCUUCUACUAAAGGAAUCAAAGGGAUCUCUCUAUUGGGAAAACUAUGAAACUGGAGAAAAAGUUGAUGACUUUGAUGCCUCUCUGAUCCCAAACCUUUCCAAGAGCAACCAUCUUGCAACUACUGGCAAAUGCCUGGCACUUGCGCUCGAGAGCGACGAUACAACUAGAAGUGUUUUGGGUUAUUUCAAAGUUUUUUCGAGAAUGACACCUGAUGCAAAAGAGACAGUGAUUGAGUGUCUACAUUCUGUGGGUUCUACCUGUCUAAUGUGUGGUGACGGUGCCAAUGACGUAGGUGCAUUGAAGGGCGCUGACGUUGGUGUGGCACUGUUGACUGGAUUUGGGGAUAUCAAUGUUGACAAGACAGAUGAAAAGUCAGACAAAGCCUCUGGGAAAAAAGAAAACGAAGCCCAAUUUACUGCAAUUAUGAGUCAAGAUCAACUGAAUCAGAUCCGUGCGCUGCCGGUUUCACUCCUGAAGAUGAAAAUCCGAUCAAUCGGUGUAGAUCCUGCCAAAUAUCCUGAACUCGUCGAGAAGGAGGAUUUGGUCCAAUUGUAUCAGAUCAAGGUUAGAGAAGGAGCGUUGAAACGACACCAAGCGAAAAAUGCGAAAGACAAAAAAAAUAUGACUGCAGCCGAAAAGAGACAAGAGUCUCAGCGCGUCACCAGGGAAAGGCAAGAGAAACUAUUGAAAAGAACUGCCGAGUUGGAAGCUCAAGGCGUUUCCUGGGCAUCUUUCAAGGCUAUGAAAGAGAUUAUUGCAGAAGAAACAGCAGCUACAAGAGCAAAAAAUGGAAUUGUGAAAGGUGGGGGUGUCGAAGCCUCUGCUGGUUUAAUGGCGCAACAAUUCGAUGAUUUGGAUAGUGGCGAAUUGCCGAUGGUCAAACUCGGGGAUGCUAGUAUUGCAGCACCGUUUACAAGCAAAAUGCCGAGUAUCAAGAGUUGUGUUGAUAUUGUUCGGCAAGGAAGAUGCACUCUUGUCUCAAGUAUUCAGAUGGUAUGUUURUGUCUAUCUGUCGUUGUUGAUUAUUUUAUCGUUCCAUUUUGGGUCGCUGGUCGUGAUCAAAAUUUACUCACAGUUCAAUAUUGUUUUUCUUUUCUACUGUACUCAGUAUCAAAUUAUGGCCCUUCAAUGCCUAAUUAGCUCGUAUUCGUUAUCAGUUCUAUAUCUCGAUGGUGUGAAGUAUGGUGAUACACAGAUGACAGCUAUGGGAAUGCUCGGUUCGAUUUCUUUCAUGUCUGUUUCACGUUCGAAACCUCUCGACAGGUUAUCUAACGUCCGCCCUUUGACAUCAAUCUUUCAUCCAGCCCUAUUCAUCAGUCUUUUGGGGCAGUUCACAAUCCAUCUGGCUACAAUGAUGAUCGCAGUUUACUACGCGAAGCAAAAUUUACCUCCAGACUAUGACGCCGACUUGGAUGGCGCAUUCAAGCCUGGAAUCUUGAACACGGUAGUUUUCCUUGUCAGUAAUGUACAACAAGUGACCGUUUUUGUUGUAAAUCUUCAAGGAAGGCCUUUCAUGACUGGAUUGACAGAGAACCGUCCGCUGCUAUGGAGUUUGGUCUGCACUUUCAUUUUGACAUUUAUGUUUGCAUCCGAAAGCAUUCCAAGUCUGAACAAGUACUUCCAGCUAGUUCCUUUCCCCGAAGAAUCUUUCCGAGAUUUCGUGUUGAAGCUUCUCAUGUUUGAUGUUGCGGGCUCGUUUUUAUUCGAUCGCUUGAUGAAAUUCAUUUUCGCUCCUCAAAUCUUGUUUGCGAGUUUGAAGGGUACAACAAUCAAGGAUGCGCUCGGCCUUGGCAGAACAGUGGGUGUUAUAUUUUUCCUUAUGUACAGCUUACUUGGAAACGAGGAUCAAUGGGAAGAAUUAAUGUUGCAAGAGGGAAGAUUUGAGGAACUUGGUUUGAAUUCAACAGAGAAUAUCACCAACGCAACGGAAAAUCUCCUUGACGACGUGACUGAAGUAAUGGAGACAGUCUAUGACGAAUUUUAAGGAACGUACAAGUAGCAAUAAAUUGAAAAUAGUAAUAUUGAUUACCGGUGGUGCGAGGUCAUUUUAGGUUCUUUCAAUUCGCACGAUGAUUUAGUUAAAAAAAUCUGUCGAAAUCC